UUACCUACGCUGUCAAUUUGUAAACAAACUAGCAUGGCUGCAAGAGCUAAAAAGUUCCUCUCUUUUGAUUUUGAGAUUUUUGGUAAAGUUCAAGGUGUAUUUUUUAGAAAGCAUACUAAGAAAGCAGCAGAAAAUUUGAAUUUAGUUGGUUGGGUAAGAAAUACAGGACAUAAAACAGUUGUUGGUGUUGUUCAAGGUCCAGAAGAAAAAGUAAUUCAAAUGAGAGAAUGGUUAUCAACUAAAGGAAGUCCAAAUAGUGUGAUAGAGAAAAGUGUGUUUCAUAAUGAACGAUAUUUACAAAAAGCAGAUUUCAACAAAUUUGAAAUCAAAAGACAUUGAAUGUGAUCUAAUGUUAUUUUAAGAUGUUUAGAGAUUCGUGCAAGCUGUAGUGAACAGAGUCGUUUAUAAGACAGAAUAUUUGAAUGUUGAAAUGUAAAUAUUAAGACGCUGCGCAUUAUUAUAACAGUGUAAAUAUUUUGUUAUUGUUUGUAGAUAUGUAAUCGUUCUAUUUACAACAAUAUGGAUAAUUUAUUUAUUUAA